UGUGUCCAAAGGGAUGGUUUGGAGAAAGUUGCAGUCACAAGUGCUCACCACACUGCACCAACAACUGCAACAGCACUGAUGGCACCUGUCUCUGUGCUCCGGGGUUUGUCUAUCCCUGGUGUGAUGAGUGCCAUGAUGGUCUGUAUGGAACCCACUGUAACCAAUCAUGUCCCCAAAACUGUGUGGACCACACAUGUGAACAAGAUACUGGCCACUGUCUCCAUUGUUUGCCGGGGACUUCGGGUCCCCGCUGCAGUGACUGUGCCCCUGACCGCUACGGGCGGCAGUGUAUGUUCAACUGUUCGAGAAACUGUGUCAGCGAUUGCGACCCCAUCCAUGGACACU